AUGUCGUUUGAGAUCAAUUGGGAGCAACUUUUAGAAGAUAAAACAUUGAAUAAUACAAUAACCAACAAAUUAAAUGAUUUUGUUGAAUCAUUAACAUUACCAAGUUAUUUACAAGAUUUGCAAAUUGUAGAGUUCAAAAUUGGUUCAACCCCACCAAAUUUCAUUUUGAAAUCAUUAGAUGAUCCGCAUCCUCAGGUUGAAGAAAAUCCGCAUAAAAAUGAUAUACAAGCUCUUUUAGAAUUGGAAUAUAGAGGUGAUAUGAUGAUAUCUUUGCAAGUAUCUUUAGUGUUGAAUUAUCCUGGUGAAAGAUUUAUGAUAUUACCUGUCAAAGUGACAAUAAGCCAGUUACAGAUGCACUGUUUGUGUUUAUUGACACAUUUAACUUCAAGAUCACAAACAGUCUUUAGUAUUUUAUGUGAUGUUGAUAGUGAUAAUAAUAUUAAUGGUCAUGAAAGGAAUAAUGCAAACAGUAAAUUUGAACAUAUAAUGAGUAAUAAUAUAAACAAUAAACCUACUUUGUCUUCUACAUACCAGACUUGGGGUUCAUCUGCACCAUUACAAAGAAUGGCAAUUGUACAAUCAUUAAAUAUAGAAACAGAAAUUGGUGAUAAUGUUUCAAAUGGGCCCGAAAGAUCAUCCACUCUAAAAAAUGUUGAUAAACUAGAACAAUUUCUUCUUGCUAAAUUCAAAGAUUUUAUUAGAAAUGAAAUUGGUUGGCCAAAUACAAUUACAUUCGACUAUAAUGAUGAUGAGGAGAAGGAAAGUGAAGAAGCAGAAGAAGAAAUAGACACUGUGGAAUGUGAAGAAGAAAUGAGUUAG